ACUCGAAAUGUGAAGCUUGUGAUGUCAUAUUUACCUAAUGACUUAUACAAAAAUUGGGCAGUGUAUGAUGUACAUUUCGUUUGGCGCAUGAGUGACAAUUGAAUAUUAUGGGAAGCAGUGUUAGAUCCCCUUUAUUAUUGUUGUUAUAAUUGAAUAUAAAUAAUUCUGGGUGGAGGUGGUCCGAAUACCGGUGCUCGAAGGCUUAGAAUGGAGCUGCUCUCCGACUCCAGCGUCACCUCGAUGGAGGUAGCAGCCGAGCACACCGGGCCCGUCGACUCGCCCGACGCCGUCGCCAUCGAAUCCAUGGGUCGCCUCCUGGGCCAGCGGAUCCACGCUGAGGUUCAGGAGUAUACAGCCGUGCUCAGCAAACUCGUGCUGGCCAUGCAGCGGGCCAGCACUGACGAGGCUUCCGAUCCGACCGGGGCCAGCCAGCACGUCACGGCCGCGGCGCCGCCUGCGCUGCACGAGCGAUGCUGCGCCGCCAAACUGCUGCGGAUGCACGCGCUGACGGCCGCCAUCGGACGGGCGCUGGACGGGGCCGGCGCCGACCAGUGAGCGGCCGCCACGUCACGGGCCCACCGGCGCCCGGUGCCGGUGCCAUCAGCGGGGCAGGUCAGCGCCGGGCGGACGGUGCUGCCGACUGGCGGUCGAUUGGCGAACUACCGCGGCAAGAUUGCAACCGAUAGGACUGCGGACGGUGUCCGAACCGGCUCGGUAGGUAGGUAUGGCGUCCUGCUGCCAGCUCCACAGCUGCUGAAUAAUGAAUAUCGACCGCUCACAGGGUGAUGGGGGGGCUGGAAGGAUGUUCACCGGUAAUGGUGCUGGUUGAGGAUCCUUACUUAAGUCCUUGUUCAAACGAGUGUUCGUAUUUGUUCGUUGUCUGUUACAUGUUCCAAUCACCGAUGCUGGGUAGACUUGUGUCUGACACUGGGACUAGACGGUCAAGGAAAUAUGUAAUGCGCACCUCAACCUGGAUUAAAAUGUUGUCGACUGUAGGACUCGUUCGAAGGCACCAGAAAGGUAUAAUGAUUUAUGGAUGCCUAUCAAUUAGCAGAUAGUUACACUCACCGUGUAAUCCAGAUUCAGAUAUUGAUUUCAGAUUCAAAAGAUGCCAACGCUGCACGCUGUACCUGGUGCGGCGAGCUAAUCUCAGUUUUAAUUGCUGUUCCUUUCACAGAAUCCCGAUACCGUGCUGGUUCGCUGUAAAUACCUACCCGCCAUCUCAUUUGUGAGUGCUUCUUCGUACCGUUGUUCUCAGUUCGCAUAUUCAGCUACACUCGCUCCCACUGAGUCGUUUAUCUGAACGCCAGCAUCUCCCAGUGUUGCGGCGGUCAGCGAUUGCGCGAGCAGCGUCCGCGCGGCGCGGUGACCGUUUUUGCGCCACUCAUCCGUCCCACAACAUUGUCGCGCUGGCCCUCUUCGAUAACCGGCGGCGGCCACUGUUUUGCGGCCGCCGCAAGAAGUCUCCGGGUGUUGACGCGCUCAUGAGCCUGUGAACUGAGGACUCUGGCCACUAUCUGACCCGGUUACACUUGUUUGUCGUGUUGACACUCUGUUUUCGCUGAGGUGCGAACAAGGGUAACGCUGGCUUUGUGUGAUGUUUUGUGUGUUGUAGUUCAGUGUGAACUAUGUGGCUAUCUCGUCAAACUGACCAUUGAUUAGGCACUUGUGUUGUAGAUAGUGUGAAUGAAAUUGAUCUGUAUUGGCUUACUUGCUGCUCUGCUGUAGGUAUAGUAUAUAAUUGUGUGGUCUAGAUCCGCCUGAACUAGGAGUUCAUGGAGGGCACGAACACAAGACAAAAGAAGCGAAGCGACCUUAUGUGCAUUGUGCGUUGUUGGUUUUGUGCUUUGUGAUAACUUGUUUGUUUCUUUCCAUCUUUGUGUCACUGGAAUCACAAUCAGUUUAUGUUUGUUUGACUUUGUUAUCGACUGUGAUCUUGGUAUGUUUAAAAUAAAUAGCCUAACUGCCAGUAUAA